AGACCUCGACAGGUGAUGUGGACCAGUGAUGCAUGCUCUGUAUUAUUUUCCAGGUAUUACAAGGUGUCUGAUCCAGGAUCAUGGGUUGGAGUGAACACCAAUACUGGAGAGCUGACGGUUACGAACACCAUUGACAGAGAGUCCCCUCUUGUCCAGGAUGGGAUUUACAACAUCACCGUCAAGGCUGUUGAUGCCACCUCUAAAUCAGGAAUAGGAACCGUAAUCCUUGUGAUAGGGGAUGAAAAUGACAACAAGCCAACAAUCCCAAAGGAACUGACGAUGUGUAAAAAACCUGAUGGCAGCCUGAAUUCCCUGGUGGUUGUUGCUGAAGACAAUGACGCCACUCCAUUUUCCAGCCCCUUCAGCUAUUCCAUGCCAGCAAAACAUGACGGAAAUUGGGAUGUGUCUUCAUACAAUGGUUGGUACUAAAGUUGUGUGUUUCAAUAGAGUC